AUGGACUCUGUCUCGAGAGUACGGCUCGUCCAAUUCCAAAAAGACUCCGAAGAGCCGAUGGGCAUCACGUUAAAGGUCACCGAAGAAGGUCGUUGUUUCGUGGCGCGAAUCAUGCACGGCGGGAUGAUACAUCGGCAAGCUACUCUACACGUUGGCGACGAGAUCCGAGAAAUCAACGGCGUUUCGGUGGCUCAUCGAUCUGUGGAGAGUCUUCAGCAAAUGUUGCGAGAUGCGAGGGGACAGGUAACCUUCAAAAUUGUGCCCUCCUACCGCUCGGCCCCUCCGGCUUGUGAGAUAUUCGUGCGGGCCCAAUUCGACUACGAGCCCGGUCAGGACGACUUGAUACCCUGCCCUCAAGCUGGGAUGGCUUUUAAGACGGGCGAUAUUCUGCAGGUAAUCUCCAAGGACGACCACAACUGGUGGCAGGCGCGGUUCAUCUCCGGAUUUCCCGGGCUCGGCAAUCCGAACAAGGAGGCGCAGACAACAGCCGGCUUGAUCCCUAGUCCAGAGCUGCAAGAAUGGCGAACGGCUUGUUUGGCAAUGGAGCGAGCGAAGGAUACAUGCCUUCCCGCCCACUGUAUGUGGUUCAACAAGAAGAAGAAGUACUACUCUACCAAAUACCUGCAGAAACAUUCGACUCUGUUUGACCAGCUCGACCUGGUGACGUAUGAGGAGGUAAUGCGAUUAUCACAAUACCGUCGAAAAACCUUGGUACUCCUCGGUGCCCAUGGCGUUGGCCGGAGACACAUCAAAAACACCCUCAUCCACCGCCACCCGCAGCGAUUUGCAUAUCCGAUACCACACACUACAAGACAACCUCGAAAAGAUGAACUCGAUGGCAAACACUACUUCUUUGUCUCGAACGAGCAGAUGAUGGUCGACAUACAGAAUAACGAAUAUUUGGAGUAUGGCACCCACGAGGAGAGCAUCAACGACAUCGACGAGACGAUUGCGCAAGCGAGCGCCUUGUCAACGAGAAGC